CGACGACCUGCCACCAGGGACCGCACGACAAUGGCCACCAUCUCUCUCGAUGAAGAGGUCAGGCUGUAUACCACCAACGCAGAGCGAGAAAAGUACACCCUCUUGUCGACGCUCUAUGGGAUUAUCGUCGCACUGGAUUACCUCGAGCGGGCGUAUGUACGAGACUCUAUCACAGCUGCUGAGUACUCCCCGGCAUGCACGCGACUUCUAGGGCAGUAUCAGACGAUGCUGAAGCUCGUCAGUGACGAGGUCAAGUCGGUCGAGCAGUUCAUGGAGCGGUAUCGGAUGGACAAUCCAGCGGCACUACAUCGUAUCAAAGUGGGCGUUCCUGCCACAGUUGAGCAUUCCUCCGAAGGAGGGCCGGAGACGGGCAAAUGGAUCGCGGAGACGACGCAGAACUUUAUCACGUUCAUGGACGCGCUGAAGCUGCGAAUGCGGGCGAAAGACCAGUUGCACCCGAUUCUGCAGGAGCUCGUCACGGGCUACGCUAGGUUCAAGGGGAGUAAGGACUGGGAGGGUCGGGGAAAGAUGGUUUCAUGGCUCAUCUCACUGAAUAGCAUGAAGGCGUCAGAGGAGAUCACGGAGGAACAGUCACGGCAGCUUUUGUUCGAUGUAGAUCACGCAUACGCCGAAUUCUUCAGAAGUCUAGGCAAGGGCGAACCAUGAGUAUCAGUACCAGAGGUCUAUUAUCACGUCUCCUCAUGCUAUCUUCUUGGUUGUAUAUUACGGCAAAUUAUCA